AUGGUGAGGGCGAAAAUCGGUGUCCCACCUCAAAGAGCUGGGUGGGUACACGCGCUAAAGGAGGAAACUAGACUUGAGCGAAAAGAGAGCAGCUCAGAAGAGAAGGUGACAGUGCCUUCUGAAACGAUCGUUUGGUUUAGAGCCGAAGUCGGAAAGUAUCAAGGUGUGACUCAUUUCGAAACAACGGCGUAUCAUCCGGUAACUAAUGGCAUGGUCGAGAGAUGUCAUAGACAGUUAAAGGCGGCGAUCAAAUGUCACGAACAUUCUUCCUGGACUGAAGCCCUCCCAGCAGUUAUGCUGGGAAUCCGUGCAGCCUGGAAGGACGAUCUGCGGAGCACGAUAGCAGAAAUGGUCUACGGAGAACCGUUACGUCUGCCCGGGGAGUUCCUUACAACAUCACAGGAACCCAACAACAAUACACCAGCCGAUUUCGUGCAAAUUUUGCGCCAACAUACCCAACUUUUGACCUCAAUAGAUGGAACCAGACAUGGCAAAAAGACCCCCAUUCUGUUCAAAGACCUCGCCGCGACAGAACAAAUACUCGUCAGACGUUACGGACCGAAGAGCCUUACAACCCUACUAAGGCUGAAAAAAGCAUACGUGUUGAAAGAAGAGGAAUCGACCGACGUUCCUAAGGAUCCUGAGCAGCAACCGGAACCACCAGCCCAACCGAAUGUAGCUCUAAAUCAACCGACUCGUAAUGGUUCUGGUAGGAGCAUGCAUUUUUCGGAUCGCCUACAAGUGCAGUAA